AUGUUCAAAUUCGCUGCCAUUUUCGCCACCCUCUGCUUGGCCUCAGCCGUCUCAGCUGGUCUCGUGGAAACCCAUCAUGUUGUACAUGAACCCGUUGUAGCCAAAGUUGGUCAUGUUGUACACUCCGCACCCUCGGCUGUGUCACAUCAAAGUAUUACCCAAGUCCAUAACAAAGCUGUUGUACAACCUGUCUAUACCCCAGUUGUAAAGACCACUGUUCAUGCUGCCCCUGUUGUCAAGACUGUUCAUCAUGUUGCCCCUGUUGUCAAGACUGUUCAUCAUGUUGCUCCAGUCGUUAAGACCGUCCAUACUCCAGUUGUCCAUCAUGUUGCUCCCGUUGUACACUCUGUUCCAGUUGUCCACUCUGCUCCUUUGUACACAACAGUCCAUCAUCAUUAG